AUGGCUGCCAGAGUCCUUCUUCGCAGAUUCUCCCGGAAGCCCAUUUACGAUGACUACGAGCCAGAGCUGCCAAAGGCAGACACGCCAGUUCCCUCGCCAGCCUCGCACACGAUACCGCAGGCGUCUGGGCCUGAAUCAUCCCUCAUCAGCCCUUCCGCCACCUCAGAGACCUCCACCACAGUAACAUCAUCCCGGCGUGGGCCCACGCCAACCGACCGCCUCGCCGUCCAGAUCGGCAAGGCGCGCAUGUUCCUGUACCACUAUGCCACAAAGUCUGAGGAUGCCGUCAACUCCACGAUCGACAAGGCCUUCCACCUUGAAAAGUCCUUCACGGAGACUGUCGCCUCCCUGGCCCCCUCGCGGGAGAGCGGGGAGAAGCUCAUGCCUGGCCUCGUGUACGUGCUCGUCGCCGGCAUGGCGGGUAGCAUCGUCACGCGCAAUCGCAACAUCCUCCUCCGCGCAACCGUCCCGCUGGCCCUCGGCAUCGGCGCUGGCUGGGCCUUGAUUCCUGUCACCAUGACCAAUGUCUCCGACCUCACGUGGAAAUACGAGUCGAAAUUCCCCGUCGUUGCCGACGCGCACCUGCGCACCCGCGAGAGCAUCCAGCGCGGAUGGCGGUUUGCCAAGGUCCACGCAGACCUGGGCAAGACGUACGUCGACGAUACGGUUUCAACUGCUCGUGACACCGUCGAGGACUGGGUCAAGAAGGGCAAAUAG